AUGUCAGCUCAGGAGAAGCUCUUGGACCUAUUGAAAGAAGAAUUAGACAACGUCAGACAUGGAUCUCCUUCCCAUCUGUGUGCCUACCCAAUAAAUCACAGUGGGCCUUCGCGUAAGGAGUCCAUCCAAUGGCUGGAAGACAUGUUUUCAGCCAAUGAAAUCGCCGUUGUCGAUUUCGCCAUCACGCUUCGCAUCAUAAUGAAUUGCGAAGACGAGAAGAUCAACACCCUGGUGUUGUACGGCCCGACGAAUACGGGCAAGUCUCUUAUUUGUAAGCUGACCACAACCUUCCUGGAGCACGGCUGUGUCACGCGCAGGCAGGAGGCGUCAGCCUUCGCGUAUGAGAACCUUCUUAACAGGGAGGUUGCUUUAAUGGAGGAGCCCAGGAUCUGCGCUGCCAACCAGCAGGAUCUCAAGCAGAUCCUAGGAGGCGAGCCCUUCGAGGUCUCAGUGAAAUACCAAAACCCAGACCUGCUUGAGCGCUUGCCGGUCAUUGUGACCACAAACGAGCCUCUGGGCGUUCGCCUCUCCGACGUCGAUGCCGCCGCCAUAGAGGGUAGAUGCAAAAUCUACACUCUAGACAAGCAAAUUUGUAACGCUAACAUCGACGGAACGGUUCCAGCACCUCCCCAGCAAACUCUGCGCCUGUGA